AGGGUUUAUUUUAUAGAAUUCUUAUCAAGUUAUUUCCAUUGUCGAAUGCUUAAAGAUGUCUCCUUUAGCGUUAACCAUUUUCACAUUUUUAAUAUUUGAUAUUUCUAAACCAACAUAUGGAUCUGAAAUUCCGUCAAACAUCACCUGCGGGGGUAACAGUUUGCUUAGUGGAAACAUUGAUGGUACACAAAUAAUGUUUACAAAUGAUAAUACUACAGAUAACCGAACUGUUAAAAGACCAAUUUUCGCAACAACAACAACGUCCUCACCAAUAGUUUUCCAACCAACGCCAGCAGAUCCAAGUCAGCCAAUAGAAGAAACAACAACAAUGCCAAUAGAUCAACCAAUAUCUAUGACAUUGCCCACCAAUAUUUCACUCCCUCCACCAGCAUCAACAACGGAACCUCAUGCACCUGUUUCAAUUUGUGGAAAAAUGGGAAAUUGUUAUCGAUGGUUUGACGAUCAAUGGGCCUUAGAAUUGAGUGGCUAUAAGCGAUGUGAGCCCAGAGAUGAACGAAGAGCCAUUAGAUAUUGCUGCAUUCCACCUCCAAAAGCAGCCUUCUAAUUUGCAUUCACCUUUUACUGUAGCAUUCAUACAAAUCUUUUAACUAAUUUUCAUGUUCCAUUCACAAA